UGUACAAGCUUUUUCCUAUAUAAAUCUCAAACAAACAAGGAAAGUGGAGUUCUGGAAAGGUCGAGAAAAAUCUGAUAAGCAGGUAAAAAUCUUUGGCUUCCUUUAUUUUGUUCUGCUUCCAGCCCUCAGUAAACCCUAAUUGAAAACAAAGGUGAGGGAGUCAAGCAAGGUUCAAGGUAGUUUUGAUCGAGAUGGCGAAUUUUGUGCUGGAAAGGAUGAAGAGGAAGGGUUUCGACGGGGUAUAUCAAGAUUUCUCUGAUUUACCGCCCUGCGCUCCGGCCAGGAAGAUUAGGAGGCUGGAUGCUGAAUUACAUCCAAUAAUGGAAGAGUGGUGUCCAAUUGGAGGCCCAGUACUUGAACACGAGCUGUUAAAAAGGGUCAUGGAUGAUACAGUGCCCGAUAUGGCGCCAGUAAACGAAGAGAGAGCACUUGUUUUAUUUAAGCCGCACCAUUCCCAUUUUGGUAGUUCAUUGAAGGUGGAUACGGAGCUUAUAAGUGGACUUAAGAAUCCUGUUUUCUGGUCUGGUUGUGCGAACUUGGUUGAGGAAGACGUUGUUGGGGAACAGCAAUCAUCAUCUUCUACUAAUAGCUUAGCUGUUAUUCCCUGGAUUCCCUCUCAGUUUUCUGACCCCGUGCUUGAAGUUUCAACUUCUGAAAGUGGGACAAUAGAAGAGGCCAUGGAAGAUGGUGAAUCAAUGGAGAUUGAUGGCGAUCAUGGGCAAGUUGUAGACACCGGUGCUGGAGCUGGAAGCUUCCUUCAAUGGCAGCAACACUGCAUGUUUCCACAGCACUCACACCUUACAUCUACUCCAGCAUUAGGAUCAUGGUGAAGAAACUUGGAAAUCUGAUACCUUUGCAGCAAAAGGCUGUGCCAUUUAGCUUAUUCCCAGGCUUUAGUUGCCUGUUACUCUAGUUUUUUAUCAUUAGUUUCUGUUUUUGGUUAUCCUUUAUUGGCAAAUAAAAUUGGUUAUUUUAAUCA